AUGAGAAUAAAGAUUCUCUUUUUAAAAAAACCUAAUCUGAUUAAAAAUUAUAAUAAAAUGGAAAAAUUAGACGAAUAUAAUUUAAAAAUGGAUUUUCCAGUUCAAGAACCAAUCAGCCUAGUAAAAUCUGAUGGGAGCUGUCUCAUUACCUCCUUAAACACCUUAGAAAUCGUCCAACAAUACUCCGAAUUGCAGGCGCAUAUUCCUCUUUGCGAAAAAAAUCAUGAAACUGCUGACAUCGAAAUUGAAGACGACUCCCAAACUAUGGACACUGAAACUGAGCAAGAAGACAGCUCAUCCCAACGAAUUAAACCGAUGAAUAUAGACGCUAUAAAGUAUCUUUUGCCUAUGAAAACUCGUCGAGCACAGAGACUAACCUUAGUGCUGGACUUAGAUGAAACAUUGGUUCAUAGCGAAAUUAAGCCAAUCCCAGCAGCAAACCUAAUAGUCAACAUUUUUUUUGACGAAAGACCUUGCUCCAUCUAUGUAAGCUUCCGACCUGGCCUGUUCAGUUUUCUAGAAGCCGUAGCUGAGAAGUUUGAGGUUGUUUUGUUUACAGCAUCCCAUAAAAUCUAUGCAGAACAGGUCUUGAAGUUUAUUGACCCAGAAAUGAAAAUUAUGAAAUACCGAUUCUACAGAGAGAGCUGUGUGGAAACAAAUGGGACUUUCGUAAAAGACCUGAAGGUGCUUGGAAGGGAUUUAAGAGAAGUUAUCAUAGUUGAUAACUCAGUUCAAGCAUUUUCGCUGCAGCCUAAUAAUGGGAUUCCAAUUGUUUCAUGGUAUAAUGAUACCACGGAUAGAGAAUUAUAUAAAACCCUUGAUAUACUUGACGAGCUGCAUGGCACAGCUGAUGUGCGUGAAGUUCUCAGUCUUAAAUUUAAACUUAAUGCAGGUUGGCUUCUACCUAUUGCUAACGCGCAGUUACCAAAGAUCGCCUAGGAGAUUUAAACUCUUUUCAACGUCAGCAGGAAGAACUUCUUUGAGUUAGAUGACUAGUGGGCGAAUAUCGGCUCGAUCACCACCUUUCCUUCUUCUGCAAGGUCUGACACUAUGGCAUCUGUAAAAUAGGGUUAUGUGUCUCAGUCUUCUCCUUGCUUUUUUGUUCCAGUGUUGAGUGGGAAGGCUAUUGACAUCUGGGGCAUGUUGUUGGGUUGAACGAAGAUUUUCUGCAUAAAAAUCCCAAAAAAUGAAAUUUUCGACAAAAAAGGAAAAAUUCAAAGUUUAAUGCUAGGAAGAUGCCCGAAUGGUCUAAAAUUAUCUGUAGACUUGCUGGGCUUUUCCUUUCCAACUCACCUUUUCCUUCGAGAUCCAAUCUUGAAAGCGACUAGGGCUAGGCUCUGUGCAUUACCAGAAUUGCUUACUUAGCAUUGCUAUCCGUUUCUGGGUUGGCAAAAACCAGCGGAUAUAGAUGAAAUGUGCUUGAGGCUGCGUUGCCUGGAGGCAAUGCCCAACCGAGACACCAUUUUAUUUAUGUGAAGUGUUCAGUCAAAAAUACAAAUCAUUCAAUAUGAAUUAA